AUGUGUGGAAGGGCUCAAAGUUUGGGUUGUUUCCAGCUAGGGUUUUGUCGUUUUAUUGGUACCGUGGGGGGAAAUCUUCAGUGGGUGAUGGCCACGAUUGAUGAUAUUGUCUCUAGGAUUUCUUCUUCUCUCACAAUCUCGGAGGCUGAAGCCGUUGAGGUGGUCGGCGUGGAAGAGUUAAGAGGGUUGAAGGCUUAUCGUUUUUUUCUGGUGGGAAGGCUUCUUACGGUGAAGGAUUUUCAUGAGAAGGCCUUAAUAGGAACAAUGAAGGCAAUUUGGUACACAUGA